AUGACCACUAAGGCGGGUCUCCCUCGACAGCGUUUGACGUGGAAUGUACAAAUGAAUGAAGAUGUCAUGUGCUGUUACUAUAAAGCAACCAGAUUAGAAGAACAUCUGAUAGGACAUAGGGCCGAGAUGUAUCGACUAUUUGUUCUGAAAUAUCCGGAACUCCGUGAAAGAAUGACAGAACAAAGAUUCAUGGACCAGAAACGUCAGAUUCUACGUACCUGCAAGAUUGCGACGGAAAGGCUGGAUCAACUCAAAACAGAAGUUGCUAAAGAGUUCUAUCCUGGUCGCGAUGUAUCUGAAGAUAUUAGUGCCCAAGAGCCUACCGCAGAUGCUUCAUCAGAAAUUAUUCCGGAUUCACUUAGUGAAGUAAGCACCGCACCUUACGAAGAACGAAGGGAACAUAUGGUAGAGAAUGAAACCUUACGAAUCCUUAGAGAAGAAUUUGAAAAAGCCUUAAUUGAGUUCUUGGGUCUAACCCCUUAUUACGACCUACCAUUGGGCGCCAAAAUGAUUCAAAAAAAUUGA